CGCAGAAAUCAAAACACUUGGGCGGCUUUUCUGUGAUGUGCGACGGGAGUUGAGUGCUUUCCGCUGACAAUAUUCUCUCUACCGUGUCUUCUUCACUGUUCCCUUCGGGUCCCGUGUUCCGUGCAUCCAUUAGUAUCAUAUCUCUUUUUGAUUUUAUACCUUUUUUUUUUUUUUCUCAAAAAUGGAAUUCUAUCCCUUCAAUGGUUUUCUCUUCCUUUGUUUUCUCUUCACUCGUUGGGUAUUGAGCUCUUCUCUUGCCCUUGUGAUUUCUGUCCUUUAUUCUUUUCUUUUCUCAUUUUUUCAGGAAAGAAAUGACAGUGUUUUGCCAAAAACCAAUCUAUUAAUAAUUGCAACUUUGAAAAAUGACAUUAUUUUUUUUAUCAAAGUAGAAAUGGAGCAAUUUAUUGCUCACAUUUAUGUCUUUUUUUCAUUUUUUUUGUCCAACAUAUCACGGCUUUCUCUGAGUACCCUACGGAGAUUGAGUGACCGCUCCUUCCAACAUGGUUAUUGGUUUUAUUGAGGAAACCUUUAUCCCUGUUCUCCCCAACCCAUUUCUAAGUUUUCUAUUUUCUAGGGUUUCACAUUGGUCGCAGAUGGUUUGAUUUUCUCAGGUUCGCUUGGUUUAAGGUUUGUUUAUUGAAAAACAUUCCAACGUUCGUGCUUUUGGAGAAAUUAAAGGGAGAGUUGAGCGUUUAUCCGACGGUUUUGCGUCAGUUUUCUAUUGCUUAAAGAUGCCAUUUUUAUAAAUCAAAUAGUUUGGAGAACACCAAUUGAUUUCUUCAAAGCAGCUUAUUUGUGGAGGGACAGUAGAUUUGGGUCUGAUAAUUCCAGACCUUGGUUUUUAGAUAAUUGAUUUUAUAGUUUAGGGCAUUUCCACUUGGAGAUUUCGAGUAAAGAAUCAAUGUUGUGAGGCAUUUGCAAAUAAACUCUGGGUUGGACAUGGAUUUCUUCAAUGUAAAGAAGUUUAGAAAAGCCCACAAACCAGACCCAGAGAAGAAGUAUUUAGAGGAUAGGCCUGUGGCACAGCCAGAGGAACCAAAGAAUGAGAAUACCGGCAGUGGCGGUGAUGUUGUGAGUAACAAGUGUGCUAAUGCAGAUGCUUUAAAAGAAUCUGAGGAUGAUGACGAUGAUUUUAUAACAAAUGAGGUGAAGAGGAGGUUGAAAGAACUGAGAAGAAACAGUUUUAUGGCAUUAAUACCUGAAGAAGAGCCAUGCCCUGAAGAGGAGGAAGAUGAGGAGGAGGGUGAAGGAGAGACCAACUUUAGUGAAUGGAGGGAUGUUGAAGCAGAAGGAAGGAAAUGGUGGAGUGGGUUUGAUGCUGUGUAUGACCAGUACUGCGAACGGAUGUUGUUCUUUGAUCGGAUGAUUGUGCAGCAGCUCAAAGAAAACGGCUGUCAUACUCCUUUAACUCCAUCACCAAGGUCCGCGUCAAAGAAGCUAACAUCCCCCUUUCGGUGCCUUUCAUUGAAAAAGAUUGAAGAUCCUGAAGAUGAAACUGAGUGCCUGCAGCAACCACAGCAUGACCCAUAUCAAGAUCUUGAAAAGGCAUAUGUUGCUCAUGUUUGUUUAACUUGGGAGGCACUUCACUGCCAACAUACUCAACUGAUUCAGAAAAUCUUGUGCCAACCUGAAAGCCCAAUGUGUUACAACCACAGUGCUCAGCAGUUUCAGCAAUUCCAAGUUCUAUUGCAAAGAUUUAUUGAAAAUGAGCCCUUUGAGCAAGGUCUCAGAGCAGAAAUUUAUGCUCGUGCAAGGAAUCUGUUACCAAAACUGCUUCAGGUUCCGAAUGGAAAAGGUUCAGAUAGAAAGGAGGCAGGUGAAAUGGAAUCUGAUUUACUAGUCAUGGCCCCAGGUCUUAUCAAAAUUAUGGAGAGCACAAUCCUUACUUUUUACCUUUUCCUGAAGAUGGACAAGAAAAAGGCAGGCAAUGUUCUGAACUUGUUUGGAAAUCAGAACCAAAUUGCAACCCCUCUUCAGCUGAUUCAAUCUUCACUUGAGAAGAAAAGGAUGAGGCUGAAGGAACUGUGUAAAAAGAGCAAAGGUUGGAAGAAGAAGUCAUGGCCACAAAUGUACGAGGAUGUUGAGCUGUUGUUUGGUCUCAUAGAUGUGAAAAUCUUGUUCAGGGUUCUUAGGAUGGUGAAGAUCAGUAAAGAGCAGUUAAUCUGGUGUGAAGAAAAAAUGAAAAAACUAGCUUUAUCGGAUGGGAAGUUGGAAAGAGACCCCUCUCCAAUCCUGUUCCCUUGUUAAUAGCUGUGACGAAAGAUGGGCAAAGCAGGAUUAUCAGAUGGAUGUGUUCUUUUGAGCCGUAAAUGUGACGAAGGGUUCUUGUUGUAAUGGCAUCUAUCAAAUUUGUGUACUUUAUGUAGAUGGGACAGUACAAAUUGCCUGUGGAAAUGGUACUGUCAAUUUAUCUGCACAGAGGAGUUGGGUAUCCUUUUAUUAACUUUGUUUUGAGGCUUUUGCGUAAGGCAAGGGGGAAGGAUUAUUUCUGUAGCGCAUCAAAUCUGAUUUAUCUUUGCUUAUUUUACUUAAAUUGUUUUGAACUGUUGAUUUCGUCAACCAUAUUACUGGUUCAAAUAUCCAUAUUUGUGCGAUUUAAGAAGUGAAUAGUGAUUACUGUAAAA